GAACGGUUCAAUCAAUAAACGAUCUGAGAUUACUUGGCAGUAAUCUUCUGUUGGUCUUUCCUGGACAAUCGGUAUGCACAUUUUUAUAUAAACCUAGAGCACCCCCCGACAUUAUCCUCCGACCACGCCUCUCUGACAAUCGCCGAAACUCUUGGGCUCUUGCUAACUCUGAUUCCACCCCUGCUAUAGUCUCAACUGCUCUGCCUACUAUUGUGAGGGAUUUAGGUGGUGCAUCUGGGUACUCUUGGGUUGGGACUGCAUAUCUUCUGACAAGCGCGGCAUGUGCCCCGCUCUACGGAGUCCUCACGGAUAUGUUUGGUCGUAAGCCCGCUCUUUUCGGCGUUAUUUUAUGCUUCUUGCUGGGAUCUGCGCUUUGUGGUGCCGCAAAGAGUUUUGUGUGGUUAUGUAUUGCACGAGGGGUUAAGGGCAUCGGCGGUGGAGGAGCAAUCCAGCACGUCUCGAGGAUCGAGGCAAAUACUUUGGCGCUAUCGGAGCUACUUGGGGACCUCUUCUUGGUGAAUUUGCCAACUGGUGGCUUCGCUAUCGCUCUCCUUGCCCUGUUUUUGAAUCCAUACAAGAUAUAUGUUCAAGAAUUUGACUUUCUAGGCCUGCUCCUAGUGGUCGGAGGGACGGUUUGCAUCCUGCUUGGGUUCAAUUUUUCUCAGACGUCAUGGAGAGACGCAAAGACGAUUUCUCUGAUAGUCGUGGGAGGAGUACUGUUUAUCGCAUGUGCCUUCAACGAAUUUGCACUUAAAAAACGGAACCCUAUCUUACCUCCACGACUGUUUAAGACGAGGACAACUGCCGGCAUUCUCUUGUCCAGCUUUAUCCAGUUUAUGGCCCUCUCGGGUGCCUCGGCGACCAGAUCUGGAAUCUACACCGUCCCUUUCUCUGUCAUUGGCUCCUUUUUCGCUAUUGUUGGAGGUCAAAUAGUUGCGCGAACUGGCAAAUACAGGCCAACUUUGUGGGCAUCAUGGGGUCUACUAUACUUACUGAAUGAAAAUUCCUCUAAAGCGAUGCAAGUAGCCCUUCCGAUUAUUGCUGCA